AUGGAAAAGAACAAUAGAUUUUUUGAAGGAUGUGGUAAGGAAGGGCCGAUUAAAUGUAUAUUUCUUUGUGAAUUUCAUCCCACUGCUGGUCCAAAAAUAACUUGCCAGGUUCCAGAAGAUCACAUAUCUAAGGAUACAUUUGAAGCUGUUAGUGUUUAUUUAAUACCCAAGACACAGCUUCUGCGAAGUACUUUAACAAUAACUGCAUGUGGCAUCAAAAUAAUAGGUUUUCCAGUAAGGAUUGAUGAUAAGAAAUAUGCUCGAAAUGCUUUUCAGUUCAACGUAUGCUUUGUCUGUGACUAUUGGGCAAGAACAGUUCAGUAUGAGUCAGUUGUUAAGAAGCUUUCAGAUUUUCUGAUUGUUCUGGAAAUUGAAAGUAGUUUUCUAUCACAAAGGGAAGAGAAUAAAUCAAUGCAUGAAAGUUUGGUUCUUAUGUUUUCAAAAGUGUUGGAAGACAUCAAUAAAAGCAACAUGUGCACAUUGACAGAAGGUUCAGCUUCUACUCACUUAAAGGUUGUUAAGGUGAGACAAGAUCCGUUGCCAGUUCUUGACCACCAGGUGCCCGUGUUCAUUGAUGGUUCCGAACAUUACCAAGCAGAGCAUUGGGAUCUCACCACUCAACAGGUACUACCAUUUAUUGAUGGUAUCAAUCAUGUUGCAAAAAUAGCAGCACAAGCUGAUGUAGACAAUAAUCUAGUCAAAACAUGCCUUCAAAACCUAGUGUAUUAUUUGGUCGUGAAAAUGGUUCCUAUCUUUCAGUACUCUAACUCUUAUACGGUAACACCAAAACUAAGACAGCUUGCUGUUGACAAAAAACUUCAAGGAGACUGUCUACGCUAUGUUGCCAAGUCAGGUUGGCAGUUGCCCAACUUCAGAGAUGUUUUCAAACUUUAUUGUUCAAUGACACAUGGAACUACAGUUCGAGAUUUAUGUGUCAGGUACAAUCCAUCUUCACUUAAGAUUGAUGAACGGAAAUUAGUCCAAUUUGGUUGUGUACAAGGCCUAAUACGCAGGAUCCAUAAGUAUCCCAUUACUGUAGGGGAUAAUGAAGAUACUGUCAUCAAUAAUAGAUUUACUGGCUUAUUAUCGACAGAUGAAAUAUGUUGCAAUCUUGGAAUACCAAUGAGCCAAUUAGAAGCUACAAUUGAAGCUGAUCCAAAUGUUAUUGUAAUUUCCAAAUAG